AUGUCUGUCUCGAUUGAAACCAAUGACUUUGCUCCCGCCCCUGUCGCCGCGCAGGAUGGCCCUUGCCUUGGAUCCAAGACCAGAAUGCCCGAGUUCAGCCUGGCUGGAAAGGUUGUCUGCGUCUCCGGGGCAGCUCGUGGCCUUGGUCUAACCCAAGCCGAAGCUCUUUUGGAAGCCGGUGCUAGAGUAUACGCCUUGGACCGUUUGGAGGAACCUUCCCCGGAAUUCUACGAAAUCCAGAAGCGUGCGCGCGAGGAAUUGGGCACGGAACUCAACUACCGUCGGAUUGACGUCCGUGACACGGAGUUGUUGAACAGCGUCGUCGAAUCGAUUGCUCACACCGAAGGUCGUCUGGAUGGAUUGGUUGCUGCCGCCGGUAUCCAGCAGGAGACUCCGGCGUUGGAGUACACGUCCAAGGACGCCAAUACGAUGUUUGAGGUCAACGUUACUGGCGUGUUCAUGACCGCCCAGGCAGUUGCCAAGCAGAUGAUUCGGUUUGGAAAUGGCGGUAGCAUCGCUCUGAUUGCGAGCAUGAGUGGCACCGUUGCCAAUCGGGGUCUCAUCUGCCCGGCCUACAACGCUAGCAAGGCCGCCGUGCUCCAGCUCUCCCGCAACCUUGCCAUGGAGUGGGGCCCGUACAACAUCCGCGUCAACACCAUCUCUCCCGGCUACAUUGUCACCGCUAUGGUCGAGAAGCUGUUCGUCGAGUACCCCGAGCGUCGCGACGAAUGGCCCAAGCAGAACAUGCUGGGUCGUCUAUCCACUCCCAACGAAUAUCGCGGCGCCGCCGUCUUCCUGCUCAGCGAUGCCAGCACGUUCAUGACUGGAAGCGAUCUGCGCAUGGACGGUGGCCACGCUGCCUGGUAG